CUCAUCAAAAAUAAACAGAGAAUACAGCUUGUAUUCUGCUUGAGUAGUAAAAAAGAAACUAAUUUGAAAACUCGUUUAUCCAAACUUCCAAAGUAAAAUUAUGCAAACGAAAAUUAUCGUGUGAUUUGGCUUGUGAAAUUUCUAAAGUUUCCAUAAAACAAUCUCCAAAAACUUCGCAAUUCGACUUUCUAUAUAUCUUAUACAAUCAGUGAUUUUAGAAAAAAAAUGAGGAGUAAAGUUGCUUCAAUCACCAACAUUGUUACUCAAAAUUCGUCAUCUGCUUACUUCAAUGGUCGCGGUAAUCUUCUUCAUCUCUCUCCUCCAUUCCUUUUUCCUUUGUCUCGUUUUCAAUUUCUAUACUUUCGAUUUCGAGAUUAUUAUAGUUAUUGCGCAAAAGAGUAUUCUGAAGUUGAUGACCGUCAAUUGUUCCUAGAAUCUGUGAGACAGGAAUGCAAAUUAGGGUUUUGCAACAUUAGUCGUCCCCUUUCUAUGUUUGAUGCUAUGAUAUCUUUGAGUCCUCUUCCUUGUAUAAUUGAUUUCAAUCAGCUUUUAAGUGCAAUGUGUAAAAUUAAACCCCAACCCCCUUUCUCCACUGUUAUUUCUCUCUUUAGGCAGCUUCAGCUGUCCGGCAUCUCACCUGAUCUUUAUUCCCUCAACAUCUGUGCCAAUUGUUACUGCCGCUCUGGUCGUGUUGAUUUCGGGUUUUCUGUUCUCGCCAAGCUGUUUAAGAUGGGACAUCAACCUGAUAUUGUCACUUUCAAUACCUUAAUUAAUGGGCUUCUUUAUUCUGAUCUACUGGACGAAGCUGUUCAAUUGCUCGAUAAGACCAUCAAGCUUGGCUUCCGACCUGACAUCUUCACCUACGGGACUAUGUUUAAAGGUCUCUGCAAACGAGGAAACAAUGUUGGUGCUCUUAAGUUGCUUCGCACUAUGGAAUCCCAUGGCCAUUACCUGCCUGAUGUUGUCAUAUAUACUACCAUCAUUGACAGUCUCUGCAAAGACCAGGCUGUACCUCAAGCUGUCCAACUCUUUGAGGAGAUGAAAACCAAGCGCAUUUCUCCAAAUGUAUUCACUUAUAAUACGUUAAUUCGUGGUAUGUGCACUGUGGGGAAGUGGAAAGAUGCUCAAGAUAUGUUGACUCAGAUGUUGGACAACAACAUAGCGGCUGAUGUGGAGAUCUACAACAUGUUGAUUGACAUGUAUUGUAAGGAAGGGAUGGUUGCUGAAGCAAGGGCUAUAUUUGAUUCCAUGAUUGACACUGGUGAGGUUCCAAAUAUCAUCACUUACAGUGCUUUAAUAGAUGGAUAUUGCUUAUGUGGUGAGAUGGAAGAGGCUGAAAAGGUAAUGGAUUUGAUGGUAAAACAUGACUGCAAACCUGAUGUGGUUACUCUUAACAGCUUAAUGAAUGGAUAUUCAAAGGCUAAAAAGGCUGACAAAGCUCUGCAUCUUUUCCAAGAAAUGCCACAUAAAGGACUAACCCCAGACGUUAUCUCCUAUUGCACCCUAAUUGAUGCUCUGUGCAAGGACAAUCAAGUACAUUUUGCACGCAAGCUCUUUAAAGAUAUGGAAUCUCAUGGCUUAAAACCAGAUGUAGUCACUUAUAAUUCGUUGAUUCAUGGUCUAUGUCAAAAUGCACUGAUUGACGAGGCAUUACACAUGUUUAAUCACAUGAAGAGCAGUGGUGUGCUACCCGAUACUUUCACGUACACUAUCUUUAUUGAUGGCUUGUGUGAAGCUGGCCGACUUGAAGAGGCUGUGAAUAUCUUCUCCUUUCUUGUAGCUAAGGAGUUACCCUUAAAUGUGCAUACGUACAAUGUAAUGAUCAAAGGAUUUUGUAAGAAAGGGCUACUAACUGAUGCUAACGAGCUAGUAAAGAAAAUGGAAGAUGAUGGAUGUCCUCCAGAUGGGUGCACCUACAAUACAAUUAUCAGGGGAUUCCUUCAUGGUCAUGAUGUGAAGAAGGCGUUGGAGCUUGUCAGCAUUAUGACCAGCAAAGGUUUUGCAGCUGACACUCAGACUACUUCGUUUUUCUUUUACUUACUCAAUGAUCCUAGAAUUAGCGAAGAAAACAAGACCUUGCUUCAAAAAUUCUUCGAAUUAUGAGUCGUUUUGUGUGAAGUCUUUCAGAUUUUUAUGAUGUGAAGAAAGUUGAGGUAGGUGGUGCACCUGUCCCCCGUCAAUCGCCACGGUAUAUUGGUAAUAAGAAAACAGGUGGUACUGCUCGCUUGUUAUCCUGCUCUUUUGGAGCUAUAGAAAUCUUCACAGGCAGACAUAGAGCAAGGUAGUAUUGGAAGAGGAAGAGAGAAGCAGCCAAGAGGAAGAGAGCACCAGUGGGCGCAGUGGCAACACAAAAAUGGGUUUUCAUCCAAUACAAUGCCACAUAUCGGCUUUGGAUUAAGAUUGUUAGGCGCAGAUGCGAUGUUGAUUCCAGGUCUGUAUAGAUUUGUUCAGGAAUCAGUUAAAGGUUAACAAACAUGUACUUAUGACUUAAGAAGCGGAUCCUGGGAAGGCUAGGAAGAAACCUGUUGGGAUUUUACAUGUCAAGGUUGUGAAAGCGAUGAAUCGAUAAACGAAGGAUUUUCUUGGAGCUGCCGACCCAUAUGUCAAGAUGAAACUUACAGAGGACAAGCUUUCUUCGAAGAAAACUACUGUCAUAUUUGAAAAUCUAAAUCAGGAAUGGAAUCAAGAAUUCACUUUGUCAAAAAUCCACUUGACUUGAACAUUGAUUUUUUUUGCAUUUCUGUUAUCAAGUACAAUUCUAAGCGGUCAGUCUUCACCGAGGGCUGCCCAAUUAAUUACUUAGAUAUAUCAAGUAAAAUAUGUCUCAAAAUUUGAUUUGAUGAUUGUAUGUUAAACAUAUAUGACUGUAUGAAUUAGGCAAGUAUGUCUAUAUGUCAUUUAUAAUUGUGUUAAUUACUUA